GAGGGCUUUUUCUUUUGACCAUAUCAAAAUUAACUAAACAUCACAAUAUAUAAAUAGCCUUCUCUCUUGCCUUCAUUCCAUCAUAAUCCAAAGUCUCACACACUUUCUCAAAUGGCACGUCUUGCUUUCUUGCUAGCAACUAUCUGUGUUCUUCUGGCUCUCUCUGUUGCCUCUGCUGAUAUUGUGGAGCAUACAUUCCAUGUGAAAAAUCUGACAGUCCAGCGGUUGUGCCAGAACCGAGUGAUCACCGCGGUGAACGGAAGCCUUCCGGGCCCGACGAUCCGUGUAAACGAAGGGGACACACUUGUUGUUCAUCUCAGGAAUGAAUCUCCUUACAAUAUGACGAUUCACUGGCAUGGUAUUUUCCAGAUGUUAAGUGGCUGGGCUGAUGGACCUGAACAAACGACUCAGUGUCCGGUUCGUCCAGGGCAUAGCUACACUUACCGGUUCAACAUUACAGGCCAGGAAGGUACCUUGUGGUGGCAUUCUCACGUUCAGUGGCACCGUGCCACUGUCUAUGGUGCUCUGAUGAUCCGCCCUCGAGCCGGGAGAACUUAUCCUUUUCCUAAACCUUACAGAGAAGUUCCAAUUUUGUUAGGAGAGUGGUGGAAUGCUAAUGUCGUUGAUGUGGAGAACGAAGGCCUGGCGACAGGCGCUGCACCUAAUAUCUCCGAUGCUUACACUAUUAAUGGCCGCCCAGGCGAUCUCUAUCCAUGCUCUUCUGACAAAACAUUCAAACUUGAAGUCAUACAAGGAAAAACUUAUCUAUUAAGAAUCAUCAACGCUGCACUCAACAACCAACUCUUCUUCAAAAUAGCCAACCACAACAUGAAAGUUGUUGCAGUUGAUGCAGCCUAUACGAACCCCUAUGUCACCGACGUAGUCCUCGUCGGGCCGGGCCAAACCGUGGAUGUUCUCCUCACCGCGGAUCAGUCCCCUUCAUUGUAUUACAUGGCAGCACACCCCUACUUCACAGUGCCAAAUGUACCAUUUGCCAAUACAACCACCACCGGGAUCAUUUCCUACAAGGGAGCCACCGCAUCAACGCCCAUAAUGCCCGUCUUGCCCGCCUUCAACGACACCGAUACAGCCCACAAGUUCUCCACAAAUUUAACCGGCCUUGUCAGCGGCCCGUUCUGGCUACCCCCGCCACUCGAAGCCGAUUACAAGAUGUUUGUUACUUUCGGUUUGGGAUUGGUUCUAUGCGAACCAAAUGCAACUUGUUUAGGCCCGAAUGGGCUUAAAUUUGCUGCAAGCAUGAACAACGAAUCCUUCGUAUUCCCUACUAAAUUGUCAAUGCUAGAGGCCUUCUUUAGCAAUGUUGAUGGCAUUUACACUACCGAUUUCCCCAGCCAACCUCCUCUCGUAUUCGAUUACGUAAAUGCGAGCAAUAGUUUCAACCCGAACCUCAUUAUCACGAACAAAUCGACGAAGGUGACGAAAGUGAAAUUCAACUCGACAGUUGAGAUUGUGUUGCAGAACACUGCUUUUAUUAGUAUCGAAAAUCAUCCGAUCCAUCUGCACGGAUUUAACUUCUAUGUGCUUGCACAAGGCUUCGGCAACUAUGACUCCGUCAAUGACCCGAAAAAAUUCAAUUUGGUGAAUCCUCAAGAACGGAACACCAUUGGAGUGCCCGUCGGAGGCUGGGCCGUUAUCCGAUUCCGGGCUAAUAAUCCAGGAGUAUGGUUGAUGCAUUGUCACUUGGAUGUACACAUGCCGUGGGGAUUGGCCACAGCUUUCGUCGUCGAAAACGGUCCGACACCGUCAACGACGCUACCUCCGCCACCAGCUGAUCUACCAAAAUGCUAGGGCUGAUUCAUUGCUUCCACUCCAAGGCACCACCACCAUUUGUUUGUCUCGUCAAAUUAAAGUUGUUGCGCGGCGUCCGAAACCAAUCUAAUUUUUUUGUUCGUUGCAAAUUCGUUGUAAUUGUGAAGUAUAUUGAAUCAAUAACAACUGUACAAUAGUACUGUUUUGUGUUCAUAACAUUUUUUUUAAAAUUUUGAUGGAAUUUAUGUAUAGUAUUAUAUUUGAUUC